AUGAUGUACAGACUUGAUGUUGAUCACGCGUAUCAAGUAAGARUCGACGAUGAUGGUGUGUUAAAACUACAAGAAACCUCCUUUCACAGGACUGUCCCUAACAUUACUGUACCAUUGGAUAAGGUCCAUACAGCGGACGGUUAUAACAAGACAAUUAUUACCAUCAAUGACCAGUUUCCUGGACCAACCAUAGAAGUCUUAGAAGGAGCUGAGUACAGGUUUAUAGCAGACCCCCCCGGAACGCACUGGUAUCACUCACAUCUUAGGAUGCAGAGAGCCGACGGACUGUUUGGUGCUCUGAUAAUUCAUCGGUCUCUUCCUUCCGCUCCAUAUUACGUAAUGACAUUUAACGACUGGUUUCGACACCAUUCGACAGACAUCGAGCUGUCGAGUCCGUUCAAUAUUGUUCGCAAGGGAUAUGGAGAUAAGUUCUACUCGUACUCGACGCGAAGCUACAUGUUUGACGGGACCCUCGAGUCACCAAUUCAGUACUGGUCGGGAUUAAUAAACGGCAAAGGACGCCAUAACAAUAAGGCACCGUUAAGUGUGUUCACCGUAAAACAAGGAAAGAAAUAUGUAUUACAUAUGAUUAACACUGGUUUGGCUUAUUCUUACAGAAUUUCCAUCGACCAACACCCCCUGACCGUCAUCGAGAGUGAUGGGCAUCGAGUGAAACGAGUUCAGGUUGACUAUGCAAUAAUCUUUCCUGGCGAAUCCUACAGUUUUGAAAUCACAGCCAAUCAGCAACCAGGCCGUUACUGGAUACGAGCGAUCAACAUGAGGACUGGGAUUGGUUUAGACUCUCCACCUGACGGGGAUCUAUGGGAUGCCAUGGGUAUACUUGAGUAUGUGGGUACUGCUUAUAGCGGUGAUCCAACGACUACAGAACGAAAUUGCACAGCAGAACAACCAUGUGUAGUGCUGAAUUGUCCGUGGAAAAUAUAUAGUAAGAUAUGGUAUCCACAUCAGACAUGUAUUCCUGUGUCGAACCUUUCUCUCGAUACAAGUUUYUAUGACCCUGARAAAAUACCAAACACUAAAGACGAUGAAGUUCACGAAGUUUUUCUCGAUUUUGGCUUCCCGAAAGGCGGUGCGGUCAACGGUCGGCGUCUGAUUUUACCACGUGCCCCAUUGGUUCAAAGUCCAUCCACGUGGGGUCUCACACCUUGUUCACGUGAUUGCGAUGAAGAAGUGUGCGCCUGCACGAACGUGGUGGAUUUACCUGCUAAGAAAACGAUUCAACUUGUUAUGGCAGCUUACAGUGGGACAAACAAGUACAGUCACCCAAUCCACAUACAUGGUCACAGUUUUCAGGUGCUUAAAAUAGGCUWUCCCAUCCAAAACCAAACUUCGGGAAAAAUUCUUCAAGCCAAUCCCGACAUUACUUGCGACAACAAACACUGCAGUCUCAGUCACUGGUCAGCGGGUGCACCAAAGGAUCUCAACUUUAAUGAUCCUCCGCUUAAAGACACCGUAAUCGUACCAGCGUAUGGUUAUGUUGUGGUUCGUUUUAUUAGCGAUAAUCCAGGUUACUGGUUCGUGCAUUGUCACGUGGGAAAUCACUUAGCUGAAGGAAUGGGGAUGAUCUUCAACGAGYCAUUCCCCCAUCAGCCUCCUGCACCCCCCGGAUUUCCAACAUGCCAGGAAUUCAGCCAGGAUCACAGCAGUUUCAGUAGUUAUACAAAGRAAAACAAGGAGUGUUUGGAUGACAGUAAAUACUGUGCACGUGUCGGUACAGGGGGGAGCAGUAAUGAGAACAAAGACUGUCAGGGCACGUGGAUUUAUCUGGUGAUCACGUGCUGUGCGCUGAUUUGUGCUUUGUUGGCUCUGGUCGUCAAUAUCUUUCUGUGGUGUGUGAUGAAGAAGAAAGCAAAGAAAAGGGUCGGAGUAAACGAUAUUACUAUGAAACCUUGAAACAAGCGCCUACUAUUAAGGCUCAUAAAGGUGUAUUAAUUUACUAGCCUACAUUUUUUGUCAUUGUGUCGUCCAUCUCCUCUCA